AUGAGGCUCUCAUCCGUGGUAGGCACGGUCGUCGGCCUAUUAUCCAGCCUCACAAUAGCCGAGUCAAACCUCACCGCCCGAGCGCAGACGGAGCAGAAACUCCUCAACAGCGACUUCAAGCCCGCACCCGUCUUCGAGAACACCAAUGUCGUCAGGACGAUCAACCUCGAGAAGGGCUAUGUGCGGGAAACUGUGAAUGUUGUUGUCACAAAUGCGGAUAAGGCGCCUCAGUCGGAUUACUACGUGCCUUUCGAAUAUGCUCUGAUAGGCAAGAUCAGUGGCUUUGAUGUCCGGGACAAGGCAAAGACUGAACAGGGGCCUUUGGACUCAAGUAUAGCCGCUCUGUCCGGCGUGCUUGGUGUCGAUGGACAGCCUUCAUAUCCUACUCAAUACUAUGUCAUACAUUUCCCCGAACCUCUUGCACCAAAGUCCAAAAUCACCCUACAGAUAUCUUAUAACAUCCUCGGCGCAUUGGCAGCCCUCCCAGCCUCCAUCAAGCAAGACGAAAAGCAAUAUCUUGCUUACGACUUCUCGGCCUAUUUGCCUUCCGUCUACAGAACCCUGAAGCAGAAGACCAAGGUCAAAUUCCCCUCCUCGGAUGUCCCUGAAUACACAAAGACCGAAGGUUUGACAUCUUGGGCGGAUCCUGAAAAGCAAGGCUCGUCGUUCACUUACGGAACCUACGAUACCGCAAAGACCCCAGCAGGAACAACUUAUCCCAUCAGCGUUCGUUACGAGUUCAACAAACCACUUCUGGUUGCCAGUCUGUUGGAAAGAGACGUAGAAGUUUCACACUGGGGCGGCAACUUGGCGACUGAAGAGAGAUACUGGCUGAGACACGAUGGUGCUGCGCUCGCAAAUCACUUCUCCCGCGUAACAUGGAGCACGCAGAGCUUCUAUAUCAAUGCUGGACAGGGUUCAACCUCCGCAUUGAGAGAAUUGAAAGUCCCCUUGAGACCAGGAAGUGUGGAUCCAUAUUUCACAGACGACAUCGGCAACGUUUCGACAUCCCGAUUCAGACCAAACAAUGUGCGCGAGGCCAGCCUCGAAUUGAAACCAAGAUAUCCGCUGUUCGGUGGAUGGAAAUACAGUUUCCGAAUUGGCUGGAAUAAUGCCCUAUCAUCAUCUCUACGCAAACUCAAAACUGGCAGCGAUACUUACAUUCUGUCAGUGCCUCUCAUCGAAGGUCCGAGACUACAAGAAGGCAUUCAGUACGAACGCCUGGUAUUCUCAGUCAUCCUGCCUGAAGGAGCCACGAAUGUGAACUACCAAACCCACGGCGGAUUUGGAGUACCAACUCUUCACGCCGAGCAAACACUGCACAACACGUUUAUGGAUACCCUCGGUCGAACAAAAUUGACACUGACGGCUAACAAUGUCGUCGAUGAGGCAAGGGACGUCACCGUGCUGGUCACGUAUGAUUAUCCCUUCGCGGCAGCUUUCAGGAAACCCUUGACGAUAUUUGCCGGAGCGGCUGUUGUUUUUGUGGUCGUGUGGGCCAUCAGUGCUGUUGAUACGAGUAUCGGGAAGAAGAGGUGA